AUGGCCCAAGCCCUUAUCCGUAGCUAUCCAGAAGGAGAAGCAAAUGAAACAGCAAGAUUUUGUAAAUUAAUGAAUGACUUUUUCGACUGUUUAAAUGUUCGUGCAUACAAUGAGGCUACCUGUAAACGUAAUGUACUCCUGGGACCAUAUAGAUCACAGGAUGAUAAAAGGUUUGAAUGGUUAGUAAACACUUUCCUCCAGUACUUUCAUGACUGGAAAAAAGCUGUCGAGACUCGUCCUGGAAAUUUCCUACCAACAGCUCAAGCUAAGAUGUUCAUUUCGCAACAAACUUAUGAAGGCCUUCAAAUCACUGUGCAUUCAACUGUCGAGACUGUCAAGUUCCUCCUUUCCCAAGGUGUUGAUAGCGUUUUGACAGAACGCUUCCAGCAAGACCCGUUGGAAGAAUAUUUCGGAAAUCAGAGACAAAGGGGCAGAAGGUCGGAUAAUCCCGAUGCAUCACAAUUUGCAUAUAAUGAUCGAGCCCUUGAUGUCCAACGCAACAUUGUGCCUAUCAAAGCUGGUAACACUGGAAAACGCAGUGCAGAAAAAUCCAGGUGGAACGACAUCAUUGAGGAGCCUCUGGACAAAGCCAAAAAACAAAAAAAGAAAUAA